AUGCGUCAUGGAAUCAAAGUGAACUUCUCAGAUAAACACGAUAAUUACUUCAGCGCGUAUAAAUAUGUAGUAAAAUAUGACGCAGAUUAUGUCCUGUCUGAUAAUCACCCUGAUCUCACAAAUGCCACUGCACCGCGAAAAACCAAUGCGUCCCAAAAACCUAAGGGAACCGCUAAGAAGGCCGGAGCUGCUACUAAGAAAAAAAAGAAACGCAUUGCAGUUUACGACGUCGUCCGGAUAAUCCAAACGAAAGGAAUCAAGUCGCGGCUGGAACUAAUGGCACUGGCAAACAAGUGGCAAGAACAGGGCAAGACGGAUUUGGCAGAAUUUGUGUCCAAUCGAGGUCCGAGAGUUGUAAACGAAGCUCUAGAGACAGCACACGAACUAACCAUGGCAGAAAAACGAUUGGAGAGAAUCAACAAAACUAGAAUGCAAUUGCUUCAAGAGCAUUUGACACAACCGUGCCGAGACAAUUGCGAGGGAAUAUGGCUACGUUCGGCAGCCGAGAUAUUGGAGGGGAACGGCAUACCUGUUUCGAUAUUCGCUGGUGCUGUCUAUGAUGCCCUGCUGCAAGGAAGAGGCAAAUAUAGAAAUAUCUAUAUUUAUGGCCCUGCUAACUGUGGAAAAACCUUUUUAAUUUCGCCUUUGAAAACCAUCUAUGAGUGCUUUGUUAAUCCUGCCUCAGGGAGUUUUGCGUGGGUUGGCGUAGACCAAGCGGAG